CAGAUCUCGUUGAGGCAUUUCAUCAAACACCUUGUGUGCUUAUUGUUUUUAGAUAUGAUGUGAUUUACAGAUCUAAGAUUCUCAUGUUCCUUAGAGUAUUUAGAUAUUCCAGAGAUGAGUUUGUCACCUUAAAGAUCAUCGUCAGAGCAGAUCUGAAGCAACGUGAAGGUGGUGUUUGGAGGAGAAAAUGACGGUUGUGGUGGAGCAGAAGCAAAAGGAUGAGGAGGAGAUUAUAUUGACGUCGGAAAAUCGUAGAUCUGGAAAUGUUGGUUGCAAAUCUGAAGGCGGUGGUUCUAGAUCUGAAGGCGAUGGUUCCAGAUCUGACGAUGGUGAUUCUAGAUCUGAAGAAUUCGCACCGAAAGACAACAUAUAUGAUCAGAUUAGAGUGAUGUCGGAGAAUCGUAGAUUUGAAAGUGUUGGUUGUAGAUCUGAAGGUGGUGGUUGCAAAUCUGAAGGUGUUGGUUCUAGAUCUGAAAACGACAGUACCAAAUCUGAAAGUUGUUGUUUGCCGUCGACGACAUUCUACUAG